UACCGAUUAUCGAGACCUAUCGAGUUACCUAUAUUUAAAUGUUAACACAAGUAUAUUAAAAUGCAAUAUUUGCUUAGUUUAAUUAUUAAUAAUUAAUUACAUAUUAUAAUAUAUUAUAUUAUAUACUUGGAACAUUCAUGAAUUUAUGUGCAGUAAAUUAGUGUGCGAUACGUGUUUGAUAUGUAGUCGUGCAUUGAUACAAACAUUUAUUAUAUUUGCACAUGAUAGUUAACAUUUAGUUAACAUUAGGUACGUCAUAAUAGAAACGACCAACAAGAGGUCUUAAAGCUCCAAGUUAUGGUGCAAAAUUAAUACAGUUCAUUGAAGAAUUUUCUAGUAAAGUUUUCAAAACUGAUGUUUGCGUUAAUGACUGCAGCUCACUGAAAAAAACUACACAUCGCGAACGUUUCCUGAUGCCAUUUCUAUGUCAAGGACACCGAUGGUGGUCCACAGCUGCCAAAUAUAUUGUCAACAGACUUCAACGUUCAUUGCAUGAAUGAUGGAAUACGAGAAUUAUCUCCAACCACUUCGGCGUGCAUGAUGGCACAUGAUACACAGAAACAUGAUUCCAAUUCUACAAAUGUGUUGCACAGUUUGGCGGCGGGCGCCAUCGCUGGUGCUUUAGCCAAGAGUACAAUCGCUCCAUUAGAUAGAACUAAAAUCAAUUUUCAAAUAUCUCAAGAACCAUAUUCUGGUAGAGCUGCGUUUAAAUUUUUGGCUGAUACUUAUGCAAAAGAUGGUUUUAUAUGGUUAUGGCGAGGAAAUACAGCCACCAUGACCAGAAUCAUCCCAUAUGCAGCCAUCCAAUUUACAGCAUUUGAGCAAUGGCGAAAAUUGCUGAAGGUUGAUGCUCUAAAUACAAAAAAUAACGGAGGUCUUAAGUUUCUUUCUGGAUCUUUAGCUGGUGUAACAUCACAAACGCUAACUUAUCCUCUGGACUUGGCAAGAGCAAGAAUGGCAGUUUCUACCAAAGAUGAUUAUAAAUCGUUGGGAGAUGUGUUCAAAAAAACUUUCAAAAUUGAAGGAAUAAAAGGCUUUUAUAGAGGAUAUGUGCCAACAAUACUUGGAAUUAUACCAUAUGCAGGUACAAGUUUUUUCACAUAUGGUUCGUUAAAGACAUUUAUGAAAGAAAAACAUGGAUAUGAAAAUACGGUUGUGAAUUUAGCAUGUGGCGCAGUGGCAGGUAUGGCUGGCCAAUCAUCAUCAUAUCCUCUAGAUAUAAUUAGGCGAAAGAUGCAAACAUCAAUAAUUACAGGAAUAAAUUACACAAACCUCAGAACGACAUUUAUGAUAAUUUAUAAAACUGAAGGCAUUAGACAAGGCUUUUUCAAGGGUCUAAGUAUGAAUUGGAUCAAAGGUCCAAUUGCUACCGGAAUUAGUUUUGCUACAUACGACUUUGUAAGGAAAACUUUAAAGAACAUUUGAAGUUAUUAAUAUUAUUUUUCACCAUAAAUGUGCCUAAUUUAUAUAUUAUUUAUAUAUAUAUAUUUAUAUUGUUACCAUUAGAUUGUACUGAUUUUAUUUGUUUGAAGCCAUUUUUUGUGUAUGCAUUAUAACCAAUUUUCUAAAAUUAAGUAAUUACUUACAAUUUUUUAAAUAAUAUAAUAUCUAGUCAAAUAAUUUUAAUUUUGUUAUGCAAGUUUGAACAAAAUUUUACAAUUUCGCUAAAGUCAUAAAUACUAAACAUUAAAAAAAUAUAUAUCAAUAUCAGCAAUAUUUCUUCCAACUGAUAAUUUUUGUUAUUGUUUAAAAAAAUAGUAAUUAAUUGAGUAUUGUGUUAAUUUUGAAUAUUAAUUAACUACAAAAAAUCUAUUGUUUAACUGGAUAUACUGUUUAAAACUUUAAAGUGUAUUACUUAUCCGUUAUUUUCGUAGAAAUGUAAUUAUGUUGUUAAUGAUAGGAAGGAAUAAUUAAAAAAAACACAGCUAUUUAAACAUUUAUAUCUAAAAAUAUUUAAAUCAUCAGUAUUUAUUGACAGAAUAAUUUAUUUGUGUAUACUAUAUAAAGUAUUAUUUUGUUUAAACAAUUGAUUGGGUUACUUCUGUAAAUAUUGUUAUUUAUAUUUAAAUGGGAAAGUUGUUACACUAUAACAUGUUAAGUUGUAUUUAAUUGAUUGAAAUUAGUGUGGCGUCGUGGUAGUUUCUAAAAUUAUUAACUGACAAAUGUAAAGCAUUAUUUGUAAUAACUAAACUAUAGAAGAGAUAGUUGGAAGAAUGGAUUACUAUACUCUGUCCAGCUAGAGAACGCGCCAUGGCCUGACCAAAAUCGAUCUGGUUUUAUGCAUACUCGCCCAACAACUGAUGGCACACUCUGACGACCAAUAUCGGAACAUCCAGAGGGGGAAACGAGACCUCGGCAACCAUUCGGUCAUCAGUCUGCAUGCACAGAACUGACGCGUUCUCUCACUAGACAGAGUAUAGAAUUAUUUUUCUUAAACUUUAAAAAUCAACUCUUACAAACUCAAACUAUUUAGAUCUUCAAGAACUAUCUUAAUUUAUAAACUAAAACUACAACCAUGUAUAAUAUUAAUAUUCAAUACAAUUACUAUUUUUGGGAGACCACCCACGACACUAGUUUUGCUUAAAGUUUAUCAAAUUAUAAAAAUGUUGCUGAUAAAAUUGAUUUAAUUGUUUUCCCUUGUUAUUACUCUGUUAUUUGAAUCUGAAAUUAAUAUUAGUUAAAUUAGCUGUAAGACAAUCCAUUAAAAAAUAAUAUUUAUAUUAAUUUCGACCAUAAUUAUAAAUAAUAUUGUACACUUGUUAAUUAAAAUGUUAUUGUACACUUGUUAAUUAAAAUGUUAUAACAUUUUUAAAUGUUGACAAUAAUAUAUUGUAAUUUGUAGUUUUAGUUACUAAUUGUUGUUUUACAUACUAGGUGAAAUAUUUGAAAAUAUUUAUUCUUUGCAUUCUUGUGCUAGUUCAUUCAUUUGAUUGCUAACGUCGUUGAACUCUGAAAAUAAUAAUAAUUUAUAAAUAUACCUAUUGUAACGGACAAUAAUUUAAUGUGUAUAAAUGUAGUUUUAAAGACUGAUUGUAACUGUAUAAUUCUGUCAAUAUGAAUUAUCUUGAACAUUUUUAAAAAUAAAUUUGAAAUGAAUAAUUUAAGUAAAAA